CCGCCGCCUGCGCCCCUGUCGCCGGGCACCCCCUCCUCAGCGCGCCCACCCCGGCCCCACGCGCCCCGGCCGCGCCGCCUCGCCGCCCUCCGCACACGCCGCCCUUGUCUGCCAUGGCCCGGGAGAACGGCGAGAGCAGCUCCUCCUGGAAAAAGCAAGCUGAAGACAUCAAGAAAAUCUUCGAGUUCAAAGAGACCCUCGGAACAGGGGCAUUUUCUGAAGUGGUCUUGGCUGAAGAGAAGGCCAGUGGAAGACUCUUUGCGGUGAAGUGCAUCCCUAAGAAGGCGCUGAAGGGCAAGGAGAGCAGCAUAGAGAACGAGAUAGCUGUUCUGAGAAAGAUUAAGCAUGAAAACAUUGUCGCCCUGGAGGACAUUUACGAAAGCCCAAAUCACUUGUACUUGGUCAUGCAGCUUGUAUCCGGCGGAGAGCUGUUUGAUCGCAUAGUGGAGAAAGGAUUUUACACCGAGAAAGAUGCCAGCACUCUGAUCCGCCAAGUCUUGGAUGCUGUCUACUAUCUCCAUAGAAUGGGCAUUGUCCACAGGGACCUCAAGCCUGAGAAUCUGUUGUACUACAGUCAAGAUGAGGAAUCCAAAAUAAUGAUCAGUGACUUUGGAUUGUCAAAAAUGGAGGGCAAAGGAGAUGUGAUGUCCACAGCCUGCGGGACCCCGGGCUAUGUUGCUCCUGAGGUCCUGGCCCAGAAACCGUACAGCAAAGCUGUUGACUGCUGGUCCAUCGGGGUGAUUGCCUAUAUCUUGCUCUGUGGCUACCCUCCUUUUUAUGAUGAAAAUGAUUCCAAGCUCUUUGAACAGAUCCUCAAGGCAGAAUAUGAGUUCGACUCCCCCUACUGGGAUGACAUCUCUGACUCUGCGAAAGACUUCAUCCGGAAUCUGAUGGAGAAAGAUCCAAAUAAAAGAUACACUUGUGAGCAAGCAGCUCGGCACCCAUGGAUCGCUGGUGACACAGCCCUCAACAAAAACAUCCAUGAGUCUGUCAGUGCCCAGAUCCGGAAGAACUUCGCAAAAAGCAAAUGGAGACAAGCGUUCAAUGCGACGGCCGUCGUGAGGCAUAUGAGGAAGCUUCAUCUUGGUAGCAGCCUGGACAGUUCAAAUGCAAGUGUUUCCAGCGGCCUCAGCUUGGCCAGCCAAAAAGAUUGUCGGGCACCCUCCACACUCUGUAGUCUCGUUUCUUCCUCGUCGGGGGUCUCUGGAGUGGGGGCAGAGCGGAGACCGAGGCCCACCACUGUGACCACAGUGCACUCUGGAAGCAAGUGACUGGCUCUGGAGGCGGGGCCCAGGGGCGGGGCCGGGGAAGGGGGCCCCCAGCGCCACCAGCCACUCUGGAGCGAUCCCACCUUGCAUGGUGCACCUUCCUGCACAGGACUGGAAGACAGAAGUUUUUUAUGGCCAUAUUUUAUACUGCAAUUCUGAAGCGUUCAUUUCUCACAAACUGUACUGACUCAAGGGAGCUGACGUAAUAGGAUCUGGUGCUGUACAUACGAAUCUUGCAGAAGCUCUGACAGAACGGACCUCCCGCGUCCUCUCCCCCAAGCCCUGUCAUUUCCGCUCUUCUGGGUAUGGGUAACCGUCUAUGUUGUAUUUUUUUCAUUAAUGACAAAAAAGGUUUCAACUGGAUUAUUUAAGUAUCAGUAAAUAUUGCGCAUUAGGGUUUUAUUUUUUACCUUUUACGAAAUGCGCUUUCUGAUCUACACUCCUGAAUCCCAUGACCUGUAUCUUUUGCUUGUCAGUAGUAGAGUUUUAUGUUAACCUUUAAGAGAUUUUUUUUU